AUGGCGCCGCCUGCGGGUGGCGCGGCGGCGGCCUCGGACCCGGACUCGGCCGCGGUGCUCCUGGCUGUGCACGCCGCGGUGAGGCCGCUGGGCGCGGGGCCGGACGCCGAGGCACAGCUGCGCAGGCUGCAGCUGAGCGCGGACCCCGAGCGGCCCGGGCGUUUCCGGCUGGAGCUGCUGGGCUCGGGACCCGGCGCGUGGCUCGCACACACCCCCCUAGGGCUGCCUGUUGACCUGCAGUACCUGCCGCCAGACAAGCAGAGGGAGCCUGAUGCCGACAUCCGAAAGAUGCUCAUUGAAGCCAUCAUGCUGCUGACAGCCACAGCACCUGGUCGGCAGCAGGUGAGGAACCAGGGAGCCUACCUGAUCCUGCGUGAGCUACACAGCUGGGAGCCGGAGCCCGACGUGCGCGUGGCCUGCGAGAAACUCAUUCAGGUGCUCAUCGGGGAUGAGCCAGAGCAGGGCAUGGAAAACCUGCUGGAGGUGCAGGUGCCUGAAGACGUGGAGCAGCAGCUGCGGCGGCUGGACCGCCAGGAGCAGGAACAGCACACCCGGGAGCGGUCAGAGGAGCUGGCUCCGGAGCCACGAGCUGGAGGGGCUACACCCACCUGA